CGGCGCGAUGGCCGCGGAGGGGCCCGGCCCGGGCGGCAUCGCCCUCGUCGGUGCCGCGGCCGGCGCGCCCAGCUGCCCGCACGGUCCCGCGCUGCUGUUCGUGAAGACCAGCCGAGGAAAAGAGGAAGGGAGAAGAUUCUAUGCUUGUUCAGCCUGUAGGGAUAGAAAGGACUGUAACUUUUUUCAGUGGGAAGAUGAGAAGGUGUCGGAAGCAAGGCUUGCAGCACGUGAAGAAUAUAAUAGAAAUCAUCAACCUACUUCCACACACAGACAGAAUGUGGAAAGGUACAAGAAAUUUGUUCUGCUGCCAUUAUCAAAGAGGAGGUUUUGCCAGGAAUGCCAGCAAUUGCUAUUGCCAGCAGAAUGGGAAAAACACUCAAAUCACCAGUUCCUCUGUGAUAUCUCCAUUGCCCAGCUGAAAAGUCCCAGUCAGUUUCUGUAUCCACUGGAGAAUAAAAAAACAAAUGCACAGUAUUUAUUUGCAGACAGAAGUUGCCAGUUUCUACUUAAUCUCCUUAUUGAUUUAGGAUUCAGACGAGUGCUCUCUGUUGGAACACCCAGGCUUCAUGAAAUGAUCCAGUCAAAAUCAUCACAAGAAGAAGAUUUCAGGGUUAGAAGCCUUCUACUAGAUAUUGAUUUCAGGUAUUCACAAUUUUACACAGAGGAUGAAUUCUGCCACUACAACAUGUUCAAUCAUCAUUUUUUUGGUGGAGAGGCUGCACGUGAAACUUGUAGGAAAUUCUUGUAUGAAGAUAAUGGUGAAAGAGUCAUUAUGGUAACUGAUCCUCCAUUUGGAGGCUUAGUGGAAGCACUGGCUUCUAGUUUUAAAAAACUGAUGGCAAUGUGGAAGGAGACAGGAAAAGAAGGUCAAGGAAAUAAAGAGAUGCCCAUGUUCUGGCUAUUUCCCUACUUCUUUGAAUCUCGUAUUCUCGACUUUUUCCCAAGCUUCAGUAUGAUGGAUUACCAGGUAGACUAUGAUAAUCAUGCACUCUAUAAACAUGGCAAGACAGGUCGCAGACAAUCUCCUGUCCGUAUCUUCACAAACCUUACCCCAAGUAUGAUUGUACUUCCUGUAGAAGAGGGUUAUAGGUUUUGCACUUUAUGUCAGCGUUAUGUUAGUUCUGGUAACCAGCACUGUGAGAUAUGCAACUCAUGUACGUCAAAAGAUGGCAGACAAUGGAAACAUUGUGUUCUUUGCAAAAAAUGUGUAAAACCCUCUUGGUGUCACUGUAACAACUGCAACUGCUGUGCUCUUCCAAACCACAGUUGUGAGAAGACUGAUUUGGGCUGUUUUGUGUGUGGCAAGGCAGGUCACAAGCGCAGUGCCUGUCCCAGUCUCUCCCGCACCAGAACAGCUCUCCAAGAUGACAAAAAGAAAGGGCAGAAAACUCCAAAGAAGGUGAAGAUGGGAAUCUGUAAAAGAUCAGCAAUGAAACGUGCCAUAUUCUCCAGGAAGAAAGUAAAGAAUAAGAAAAAAGAGACGUGACUUUUCUUGCUGCUGCUUAGUUAUUUAUUUUUUUUAUGUCCAGCCUUUGUUCUCAUUUUCUAAAAAUGUAAAUAUUAACAUCCAAAAUAAAACCUGAUUGAAUUAAAA